CUGGGACCGCGGGGCACAGCCCCGUAACAGGGCGCUCCCAGCCGUUGCUGGUCGGUGUUUGUUGGGUGUAUUUGAGCCGUUUGGUGUGAGGUAACGGAGGCAGAGGAUUCCCGCCUGUCAGGGUAGCAUGGACCGACCUUAGCUGGCUGCUGUGCAGCUCAGCCCUGUGUGCCCCAGCACUGCUCCCUCCUGCAGGGUCUCCUACUCGGGAAAACUUUCGCUUCAGGACUCUGCGAACUCAUAAUCACGAGUUGUCAUCCUUCUAGCCCUUUGCCUAUGGAAGGUUCCUGAGGCAGAUGGAAGACAGCAGUAGCUGAGGUGGACUAACGCUGGAAUGUAGGCAGGGAUUGGAGCCCUUGGGAGCUAUGCUUAGACAGAAAGGGAGAGAGCAGGAUAUGAGCCUUCCUCUGUGGCCGGGCUUUGGGCUCCCCCUGGGGCUGUAACAGCCCUGAGGGGGCUGUUCUGCAAGGAGAAUUGGCUUUGGAGGCUUGUGCUUGAAACUUGUCCAAUGAGUCUGAGACGCCUAAGCACCAUUCAUUUUGGAGGAAAAAGAUGGAGUAUUGCAUGCUGGGAACAAGUGCUUUCCAUAAGAACCAAAAAGCCUCAAGCCUCAAAACACCAUCCCCAAGAAGCCCCACCCCUCAGGAAUGCUGUCAGCAGGAAUUCCAAGUACAGCAGCAGCUCAUGAUGCCCCGUAAAGCUUUUCUUUCCCAGAAAGAAAAGCAGGCUCGUGCCAGGGAAAGGGAUAUGUUAAAAAAGAGGAGGAGGCGACAAGACUAUCUCAAAAGAAGCGUGGAGCCACAGAAAAACACAGAAACAAUAAAAUGGCACAGGGAUGAUGAGAAGAGGAGAGAAAAUGAGCAAGUUAAGGACAAAGAUAUCAAGAAGCGGUGGAGACAGGAUGAGAGAGAACGACGAAAGAAUGUGGACGCUAUGAAUUGGCACAGGGAAGAGGAGAAGAGGGAAAAUGAGCGAGAAACUAUGUUCCAACUUCCUGUCAACAACCUUGGCAGUUUAAGAAAGGCCCGGAAAACUGUGAAAAAAAUACUUAGUGACAUUGGUUUGGAAUACUGUAAAGAACAUAUAGAAGAUUUUAAGCAGUUUGAACCUAAUGACUUUUAUUUGAAAAACACUACAUGGGAGGAUGUGGGACUGUGGGACCCAUCGCUUACAAAAAACCAGGACUAUCGGACAAAGCCCUUUUGCUGCAGUGCAUGUCCCUUCUCCUCGAAGUUCUUUUCAGCCUACAAAAGCCACUUCCGGAAUGUUCACAGCGAAGACUUUGAGAACAGGAUCCUGCUCAACUGCCCCUACUGUACCUUCAACGCGGACAAAAAGACUUUGGAAACGCACAUUAAAAUAUUCCACGCUCCCAAUGCCAAUACACCGAGUGGAGGCAUCAGCACUUUCAAAGAUAAAAACAAACACGAGAGCCUUAAACCCAAGCAGGCUGACAGUGUGGAACAAGCUGUUUAUUACUGUAAGAAGUGCACUUACCGUGACCCGCUCUACGAAAUCGUUCGAAAGCACAUUUACAGGGAACAUUUUCAGCACGUUGCUGCUCCUUACAUAGCCAAGGGAGGUGAAAAGUCCCUCAAUGGUGCAGUUCCAUUGAGCUCCAGUGCCCGAGAGGAGGGGGGUAUCCACUGCAAACGAUGCCUUUUCAUGCCGAAAUCCUACGAAGCUUUAGUGCAGCACGUGAUCGAAGACCACGAACGGAUCGGAUACCAGGUCACGGCAAUGAUAGGUCACACCAACGUAGUGGUUCCGAGAUCGAAACCUUUGAUGCUCAUAGCUCCCAAACCCCAGGAUAAAAAGCCUAUGGGACUCCCUCAGAGGAUGAGUGCCCUCUCCGCCGGCAGCGUCCGCUCGCUCUCGUCACAGCAGAUGAUGAACAGACUCACCAUACCAAAGCCCACGUUAAAUUCUGCAGGAGUCAAUAUGAUGUCAAAUGUUCACCUACAGCAGAACAAUUACGGGGUUAAAUCGGUACCCCCCAGUUACGUGGGUCAGCCAGGGGGGAGGCUCAGCCUCAGUGGCAAUUCACCUGUUUCUCUUUCCCAACAAUCACAAAGCAUGAAACAGUUUUCAGCGAGUGGCAAUGGAAGGUCUUACACUCUGGGAGGGGAGCAGAGGUCCCAGGCCAGGUACUCGCUGCAGUCUGCCAACUCCUCCUCGCUGUCGUCGGCGCAGCUCAAGCAGACGUCGCUGUCGCAGUCCCAGGCAGCGUCCAGAGCUCUGGGCCAGUCUGGCUCCAAAUCCCCCGUGGCUGCUACAGGUCCUUCCGCUGUCAACACCUCGUCCACGCAGAAGUGGAAAAUCUGUACAAUCUGCAACGAGCUGUUCCCCGAAAACGUGUACAGCGUCCACUUUGAGAAGGAGCACAAGGCCGAGAAGGUGCCUGCGGUGGCCAACUACAUCAUGAAAAUCCACAACUUCACGAGCAAAUGUCUCUACUGUAACCGCUACCUGCCCACGGACACGCUGCUCAAUCACAUGCUGAUCCACGGGCUGUCCUGCCCCUACUGCCGCUCCACCUUCAACGACGUGGAGAAGAUGGCUGCCCACAUGCGCAUGGUGCACGUGGACGAGGAGAUGGGACCUAAAACUGACUCCACGCUGACCUUUGAUUUGACAUUGCAGCAGGGCAGCCACACCAACAUACACCUCCUUGUCACCACCUACAACCUGCGGGAUGCUCCUGCCGAGUCCGUAGCUUACCACGCUCAGAACACGCCCCCGGUCCCGCCAAAGCCGCAGCCCAAAAUCCAGGAGAAAUCUGACGUACCCGUCAAAAGUUCUCCACAAGCAGCGGUGCCCUACAAAAAAGAUGUGGGGAAAACUCUGUGUCCUCUGUGCUUUUCAAUCCUAAAAGGCCCCAUCUCUGACGCGCUGGCACAUCACCUGCGGGAGAGGCACCAGGUAAUUCAGACGGUUCACCCCGUGGAGAAGAAGCUGACCUACAAGUGCAUCCACUGCCUGGGCGUGUACACGAGCAACAUGACGGCCUCCACCAUCACGCUGCACCUGGUGCACUGCAGGGGUGUGGGCAAGACCCAGAACGGGCAGGACAAAGGGACGUCGUCCCGGCUGGGCCAGUCGCCGGCGGCCGCGCCCGUCAAACGCGCCUACGAGCACAUGGAGUUCCCCCUGAUGAAGAAGAGGAAGAUGGACGACGAUGACUCCCCCUCGGCCUUUGAGGAGAAGCCUGAAGAACCUGUAGUUCUAGCACUGGACCCCAAGGGUCACGAAGAUGAUUCGUACGAAGCCAGGAAAACAUUUCUUACAAAAUACUUCAAUAAGCAGCCCUACCCCACUCGGAGAGAGAUCGAAAAGCUGGCGGCCAGUUUGUGGCUCUGGAAAUCUGAUAUCGCAUCUCACUUCAGCAACAAAAGGAAGAAAUGUGUUAGGGAUUGUGAAAAAUACAAACCUGGGGUGCUGCUGGGCUUCAACAUGAAAGAGCUGAACAAAGUCAAACACGAGAUGGAUUUUGAUGCUGAAUGGCUGUUUGAAAACCACGACGAGAAGAAUUCCAGAGUCAAUGUCAGUAAGACUGUUGAUAAAAAAAUCAGCUUAGAAAAAGACAAUGACAGUUCCUCAGACAGCUACGAAAACCUAGAGGAGGAAUACAACGAGAGCCGCAGUCCCUUUGGCCAGCACAUGUCUGACCUUGGUGGGAAAGCCUCGUCCGACAGCACAGUGCAGAACCCCCAGGACAGCAUAGCCAAGGAAAUCACGGAGGAAAACACCUUACAGUCUCCAGAGAAGGCUGAGCAAAAACAAGAGGAAAGCUCCAAAUACGAAGAGAUGAUUGCUGCUGAGGAGCCAACAAAACUGGUAGGUGAGGUCUCAGAUAGUGAAGGUGAUCAGGAUGACCAGGAUGAUGCAGUGGAGUGGAAAGAUGGAGCUUCCCAGUCCGAAAGCGGGCCCGGUUCCCAGCAGGUUUCGGAUUUUGAAGAUAACGCCUUGGAGGUAAAACCAGAAGUGUGGACAGAUGAAUCUUCCCAAAGCGAAGAUGCCGGGAGCAGUAAACCCACCGUGGAGGCCAAGGGGGGUGGAUCUGAAAGUGAUGAAGAGCAGUCAAAGUGGAAGAAUCGUUCCUAUGGAAAAGUAGAAGGGUUUUGGUCCAAGGACCAGUCGCAAUGGAAAAACGCCUCCGAGCUGGAGGAGAGCCUGGCCAGCGAGCAGAUGGAGUGGCAGAGCAGCACAAUGGACAGCGAGGACGGCGAGGGCUUCGGGGCCGUGGGGGCCGAGCCCAUGCACGGCAGCCUGCCCGGGGUGGAGCUCAGCAGCCAGCAGGCGUGAGCAGCUCU